AUGGGAAACAGGAAGCUUAAGCAGAAAUACGAGUAGUUUGGCCGAAGAAGACGGCGAAAGGAAGUUUGUAAACUGCUGUUGUUUUGUUUUUUAAUUCGUAUUGUCAUAUAGUUUAGACAAAAAGAAGAAAAAAAGAGAGUCACUAUGCCCGUUAUAUGUGCGGCAACAGGAUGCAACAAUAAGUUUGUCAAAGGGUCGGAAAUAAGAUUUUACAGGUUUCCUCUUAGCAAACCUCAACUCGCCAGCAAAUGGGUGCACAGCCUUGGGAUGAAGAACUUCAUCCCAACUGCCAACACUUGCCUCUGUUCGGAGCACUUUAGGCCAGACUGCUUCAGAGACUACAAUGGCAAACAGUUUCUCCGAGAGGAUGCGGUGCCCACCAUAUUCACCCAAGGACAGGAUUCCUCAAAGAUUGAACUGCGUAAAAGAGGAGUAAUCCUGAAGGAGACAAAUGUCGCAAAUCAGAUGACGACACAAGCGGACAGAGACAGAGCAAAAGAAGCUGCUCUUCGCAGAGACAAAAGAGGAGGAAUGAGGGGUGGACGAGGUGGCCGUGGAGCGAAACAGCUGUCAGACAGGCAGAAUGUUGGAGCCAAAAACAAAGUGUACGACAACAAAGGGCGACUGCUCUCCAAUGGCAAGGACUUGUGUGACUGUUUGGAUGUGGACUGCAUGGGCUGCUUCUACCCGUGCCCUGAAUGUGGAUCUCGCAGAUGUGGCAUUGAGUGCCGCUGUGACAGGAAGUGGCUUUACGAGCAGAUGGAAGUGGAAGGUGGCGAAAUCAUCCGGAACAAGUUCGCCAUUUAGUUUUCAGAUAUGCUUUUCUUUCUCUCUGAUUUCAUAUCCAAAUCAGGCUGAUGGACCAUUCAAGACUAUGAUGCACUCUUUAAGAAAUAAUCCACAAUAUUUAUCAAGUUUUACAAACCUAACAGGAGAAGAAAACUCUUUUUUUUUUUUUCUCUCUUCUUUAAAUAAAGAUUUUUUUUCUCAAUAUUUAAUGUCUGUGCUGUUGAUAUAGUGUAGCAUGUUAUCUUUAAAAAGGACUUUUCUGUAGUAUUAUCAGCAGUUUGGUUUGUAAAUGGGGAAAACAUAUGGAGUGUAAUGUAUACAUUGUAUAGUUUGUAUAGAUGAUUGGAGCAUGAAGUCAGUAACAUAUUCAUCAGGGAAUGGGAUGGUGACAUAGUAUCAUCCAAACACUAACAGGGUUUUAAAGUUAAUCAUAAAGUUAAGGUGACCAAUUUAUUAUAUAUUAAAACACUGCCUAAAUAAUAAUAAUAAUAAUUUAAAAAAAAAAGGGAACACCCAGUCAUCGCCCAGGGCGUCUUGUCUUAAUACCUGUCGGGCACACAACAUUUCAUUUAAACAUUUCACUGUCACCAAAGCAGGGGAAAUGAAAACUGGUUUAUGAUUCUUAAGUGGACGAAUCGAUGUCCCUGAAUUUUAAUUGACUUUGAGUUAUACUGUUCCCUAUAAUUGUUCCCUUAAUUCUUUUUUUAAUUUAGUGGUGUGGAUUUAUUUUAUUUGUGCAGGAUGAGUACAGAAAAACAUUAAAAAUGUCAGCCUCUGGAAGUGUGCAGUGUAGACGAUUACAUAGUGACCUAACAAAUAAAUGGUCGCUGGUUCAAUUCCAGAACACAACUCUCCUUUUGGGUUGUGUCAGGGAGGGCUACUGGUAUUAAAAACUGCUGAACUACCCUUAUCACAAGAGGUCUGCUGAAUGUAGCUCUGUGGGUGUAUAUAUACGAUCACAUUGCAGCAACUUAAUGCAUUAUUAAAGACUGCAAAAAUGACCUGCUGAGGUUCAACGCAGUGCUUAUGCAAUACAAUACUUCAAAUUUGGGUAUAAAUCCAAUAUCAAGUGAAUACACAGCCAGUAUUGCUGAUACAGAUACUGAUAUUUUUAACCUAUAAAAGCAGCGUAUGUAGGGGAGAGCAGCGGGUCGUGAUUAAUGAGAUGAAUCAUUACGUCCCACAAUAUUUAGUUAAAAUGAAAGAAUACACAUUUCAGCUUUUCGUGUA